AUGUUCAACCCUAACAACGAACGCGGCACCCGCAACGCCAACACCGCCGGCACCACCACCGGCACCGCCGCAGCGGCCGCCAACCAGCCCCUCAGCUACGGACAAUCCGCGGCCUCAGGCCCGGCACCCACCACCGCCGGCCCGCACCGGCACGACAUCCUCAACAAGCUGGACCCGCGCGUCGACAGCACGCACGACCGGCAGCCGAUGGCACAGACAAGAAGCGGCGUCCCGGAGGGGACGUACGGCCCGCACCGGUCGCGGCUGGCCAACGCGCUGGACCCGCGGGUGGACUCGGACCUGGACAGCACGUGGGCCGGGGCCGGGAUGGGGGCGGGCGGCGGGCUCGGCGGCGGGGAGGCCGUGCCUGCUUCGGCGGCGGCAACUGGGGCUGGGGCGGGGGUGAUGGGCGGUGCGGCGGGCGCGGCCAGGGGCCGGGGUGUGCCAGUCGCGGAGCGGACGUACGGGCCGCACUCGUCGCGGCUGGCGAACGCGCUGGAUCCGCGGGUGGAUUCGGACCGGGACCGGCACGUCGGGCCGGGCGCGACGCAUGCGCCUGGCGCUGCCGCGGCGGGCACGGCCGGUGCUGGUUACGGCGCCGCCCGCACGAGUGCCGGGGCUGGUGGGGUGGCCGGGACGCAGACGGCGGGGCCGCACCGCUCGAAUCUGAUGAAUAAGCUGGACCCGAGAGUGGACAGCACGACGGGCGCCUGGAAGGGCGGUGCGGGCCCCGGGGGUGCGAUCUAAAGGUGUGGCAGGAUCAAGGAGGGGAGUGAGGAUGGUGGGAGAGUGGGGAGGACGGGAA